UGCAUAGGGAUGCAUCCAUCUACAGGUGAUGUUCUCACAGUACUUCUAUUGGCGCUGCCUCCACUCAUAUGGUCAGGCAUUAAAGAAGCAAAGCUACUGGAGGAUAUUAAUGGUCUUGUAUCAACUGAUUGUCUUACCUUCUUUGCUUCAAGGGGAGGUUCUGUUCUUGCGAGGCAAAUUCACUUUCUCAUGACAGAUAGUGGAGCAUCUUCUCACUCAUAACUAUACAAUGACUUCUUAAACCAUUCAUAAUACCUCAUAAUACCAGACUGUACUUUUUGAAAAUUUUUGU